AACAAGCAACUAAGUAAAGAACCUUUGGCACUUCAUCCAUCAGAAGAAGAAAUACCAUUUUCAUCUCCCCCUGAUUUAUCCCAAUUGCCCCCAUCGCCAAGGCAAAGCCAAUUGAACAGAUCUUCAUGCCUAGCAAGCAAUGCCAAAUGAAUCCUUGCCACGCAAGUUAAGGACAGGACAGGACAGGGCAGACCCCGACAGAUUAAUAUUCCCCAACCUCAUUCGACAUGGUUUAUAGUAGUCAACCUCAGCAUCAGCAGAAGACAUAUAUUAGAAAGGCCAUUUCCAAACAAUUUAACCGCUUCUCUCAACUUCUUUGGCCAAUCAGCAGAAACAGAGGAAAGAAAGCUUCAAACUUUUGAGUCUCUGUCAGUAAGGGGAUGAAGAAGGGGGAGGUGGGUCUCGUGAUGAUGCUGAUCACAGUGGGUUUGGGAUUGGCACUGUCGUCAUCUUCUUCGAGGGAUUACUAUGAGUAUGAUCGGGACAGGUGGAACCCUCUGGCAUCGUAUCGAACGGCAUCAUCUUUGUCCAUGGUGCUCAAUCGGGUCAGGUCCUCCAUCGUCCUCCCGGUCGACGGGAAUGUCUAUCCCAGUGGGUCAUAUAAUGUGACUCUUCUCAUAGGGAAUCCUCCGCAACCAUACUUCCUCGAUCCUGAUACUGGCAGUGACCUCACAUGGCUCCAAUGCGACGUCCCUGGUAAACGAUGCACUGAUACUCCUCAUCCGCGCUAUCGACCCAGUGAAUUAGUGAUAUGCGAGGAUCCGAUCUGUGCAUCUUUGCAGCCUGGAGACUACAGGUGCGAGGGCCUGCAGCAGUGUGACUAUGAGAUUGAGUACGAAGAUGGAGGCUCGUCUCUCGGGGUCCUUGUCAAGGAUGUCUUCUCCUUCAAAUUAUCAAGUGGCACUCAGCUUAGUCCCCACCUAGCCCUCGGAUGUGGAUAUGUUCGGCUUCCUGUUUCGUCUCAUCGUUUCAUAGAUGGAGUUCUCGGUCUGGGGAGAGGGAAAUCAAGCCUCACAUCACAGCUCAGCGCUCAGGGUAUAGUCAGAAACAUUGUGGGCCACUGCUUAAGCUCGAGAGGAGGAGGGUACCUCUUCUUUGGUGACGGCCUUUACUACCCUUCUCGUGUAACAUGGGCAUCGAUGCCCCAUGAAUCAAAACAUUAUUCUCCUGGGAUUGCAGAGCUGACUUUCGCCGGAAAAUCCACUGGGUUCAGAAAUUUGCCCAUAAUUUUCGAUAGCGGAAGCUCUUACACGUACCUCAGUUCUCAGGCUUAUCAAGCUUUGGCCUUUCUGGUAAAAAAGGAAUUAAUGGGAAAACCAUUUGAGGAAGCAAUUGAUGAUCCGACUCUCCCACUCUGUUGGAAAGGCCCAAGGCCAUACAAGAACACCCAGGAUGUGACGAAAUAUUUCAAGCCCUUCGCUCUGAGCUUUCCGAGCACUGGAAAAUCUAAGACCCAGUUUGAAAUUCCUCCCGAAUCUUAUCUCAUAAUAUCGUCCAAAGGAAAUGUCUGCUUGGGAGUCCUCGAUGGAACCGAAGCAGGGCUGCAGAAUUAUAACAUUGUUGGAGACAUAUCGAUGCAGGACAAGAUGGUGAUCUACGAGAAUGAGAGGCAGAUGAUUGGUUGGGUCCUGGCAAGUUGUGACAAAGUCCCAAAGUCCAAAGCUUUCCUAACAUGAGGAGGAACAUAGUAUAUAGGGAUUACUUUCACGUUAGUACAUAUUCGAGACAAAAUGAUAUUCUUCUGUUCAACCAGAUUUAGGCAUAAACGGCUCCAGCCCCUUACGAUUGUACAAGGGGAUAUCCCCCAAAUAUUGAUUCAAUAAAUGUUUGAUAUCCUUAAAUGAGUAGUUAAUCGAGUUUGGGGGCGGCAAAAGGAAUUUCCAAGGGAAUAUCGAAGUUGAUAAAUUCCUCUGUUUCUGCUUUUCUUAGUCCUUGUGAUCCAUCACUGUAUUGUAGCA